AUGUGUUUGAUCAAGAUGUUGGGUGCUACGGCUGCACAGAUUGCAGGGAAGGUGAACAUCCUGAUGACCGUGGCGGUGUCUAGCUCCUUCAUGGGUGAACGCCUCACGCUGCCCUUUAUGGCGGGUGCAGCCAUGGUCCUCCUGGGCGCUUCCGUUUUUGAAUGCGCCAAGGAGUCGACCAACGUUGACGAGCACCAGGAGGAAAAAAAUGGCCUCAUCACCGGCGAAAAAAACACUGUCUGA